AUGGCUUCAAGCAAUAUAUCAGUAUCGCCGUUUUUGUUUCAGCGAUGCUUCCAGCAAGCAUGGUCCGGGUCGCGACGGGCCCGCCUCACACCUGGAAAUGUCGACUAUAAGAAAGGAGCUGUUAAUGACAAAGAUGUUCUCCAGCUUCCACGAAGAAUUGGAAUCGCUGUCAGCGGCGGUGCCGACUCCAUGGCUCUGGCGUAUCUGUGUAAGCAGCUGGAACGCUCGCCGGAGCUAUCUGGAGCAAUUUAUGUGACCGCAUUUGUGGUUGAUCAUCGCGCUCGCCCAGAAAGCACCGAUGAAGCCCAAAAAGUGGCUGGUUGGCUUCGUGAUAUGGAUAUCAAAACACAUGUCUUAAGGCUGGACUGGUCGAGGUACACAACUGGAAAGAACCAGACAUACCCUAAAUCAGAGGCCUCUGUUCCUAUGCCCUCUGCCUUUGAAACUCACGCCCGACGACUCCGUUUCCAGGCCCUUGGUUCGGCCUGUCAGAGAUUCCGCAUUGGAACACUUCUCUUGGGCCAUCAUCAAGAUGACAACGUCGAGACCACCAUUUGGCGACUUUCCUCAGGUGCAAGGGGAUUAGGGCUUGGCGGCAUCCCCGAAGUGGCUCGAAUCCCAGAAUGCCAUGGCCUUUAUGGAGUUUCUGAAAGCGGAUCCAUUCUAUCAAUGCCCUUGAAACCAGAGACCAUUCCUGAAACCAAGAUUCGUUUCAUCGGGCGAAGCCAAGGAACCGUUACAUUCCCUGAUACGAGCCUUGAGCCAGAGAACGACAAACCUGAAUCCUGUUUCAGUCCUACACCUUCAUACAUCGCAAGCGGCGGUAUUUUCCUCUGUCGCCCUCUCCUAUCCUUUCCAAAGACCAGUCUCGUGGAAACAUGCCGCAUGAACCGAGUCCCCUACGUCUCAGAUCCCACAAACUUCGACCCAACCCUCACUCCCCGCAACGCCAUCCGCAGCCUCGUAUCAUCUAAUUCUCUACCUCGAGCUCUGCAAUCUCAAUCUAUCCUCUCCCUAAUCCGCUCAAGCAAAGACCUCCUGGAAGACUCAAAUGAACUCUCAAACACCCUCCUCUCAUCCCAAUGCAGGUUACUGGAAUUCAACCCCGGGGCCGGGUCAGCAGUAAUCCAAUUUCUAACCCCAAGCCUCGAAUCCAUCGACCCCCAAAUCGCAUCUCUAUCCGCAUUCCAAACAAGACAAAUCCAAACCCUCGUCCUCCGCCGCAUCACAGAACUGGUCUCUCCAUUCCCGGACAGCCAUUUCGCACUGCGAAGCUACGAGCCAAUGGUUUCGCGCGUCUUCCCUGACGCAGAUAUCUCUCGAUCCACCACUACUACCACCACUACCAAUGAGGGCGAACACAAGAAACAAGCCUUUACCCUAGGUGGUGUUCUCUUCCAACCACUUACAAACGAAGAAGGUCAUAAUAUAUGGCUGCUAUCCCGCCAACCCUUCAUGAAAGGUCGAGACCCCGUCAAGCGACUAUAUGUCCCGCCACGAGGCGAGUUCACUCCGUGGUCCUUAUGGGAUAAUCGAUACUGGCUGAGGUUCAAUUUUGAGCCUAGUGACCCAGCACUGGAUAUCCGUGCAGUGAGGAAAUCACAAAAUGUUGAUAUUUGCCUACGACCUUUCACACAAACUGAUAUGCAGAAGAUGCGUGCGGAUGCUGAGGGAACGGGGCCGAAGAGUGAACGUGUUGUUGAUGCGACAAAAUUGAAAUUUUGGGAAGAGACGCGCGCAUUAUUGGCAACUGAAGUACCAGCUUCGAUGCGCUUUACGCUUCCUCUUUUGGGAAAGGUUGAGAUUGGGUCUAAAGGGAGUUCAGUUGACCAGAUGAACUUCCAACCUUUGGCGCUCCCGACUUUAGAUUGCCGUCUACAAAACCACGAAGCAGAAUAUGAUUCUCGCAAGGAGGUGGAAUUGGUGCAUUGUGGAAAGCACUGGAAAUUGAAAUGGCAGUGGAUGUACAAAAACAUUGACACAGAGGCGCUACGCCUGAUGGGCUGGCCCCUUGAAGACACCGAAAACGCUUAG